AAUUAGAAAAUAUUACCAAAAAUUCAAAUAUGUUUUUAUAAAAUAAUGUAUUAUGGAGUAACAAAAGCAAAUUCAAAAUUAAUGUAAUAUUCCAAACUCAAAAAUAAUUGUGUAAUUUUCCAAGUUUUUUUGAAAAAUAUACAAUUUUGAAAAUAAAUAUUCAAACUCAAAUUGAUAAUAUUUCAAACUUUAGAAAAGAUAAAAUCAUAGAUAAUAAAUAAUAACCUUUUGAAUUGCACCACGAAAAUAGAAACUAUAUAUUUUAUAAAGAUUAAAGUAAUCUAAAUUUUUGAAAUCUUAAUAAAAAAAACAUAAUAUCAUAACAUGAAAAAUAAUCUAAAUCAAUAAAAUUUACUAAAAUAAUAUAAUUUUAAUAAAAUAGAUGCUGUUAUGUAUAAAAUUUACUAAAAUAAAGAGCUAUAUUAUUUUAAAAAGAGUAUUUUUACUUAUAAAUCCGGUAUAAUACAAAACGAUAUAUUUUAGAGUAUAUUUUUAAGAAGAAUAUGUAAAUUUAAAUUAUCUUAAACACAUAUAUUUUCUAUAAUAUAAACAAAUAAAAAUUUAAAAUUUAUUAUAUGCAAAUUGUAUAAAUUAAAGAAAAAUAUAUUUUAAAAGAAGUUCUCUAUUUGAUUAUUUUAGAUUUUUUAAUUUAUUGUGCCUAAUUCGAAAAUAUAUUCGUAAGUAAAAAAAUUAUUGACAAACUAAACGUAUUAAAGAAAUCACUAUUCGGGUCGGGUUUCUAUUUUUUUAUUAAUUAAUUAUUUCUUUAUUAACUCGAAAAUAUAUUCGGGUUUUUUUCCCGUUGGUUUCUCUUGUUUUAGUUAAUAAAGAAAUAGAAAAGCAUGAGAGAGAGAAAUCAGAACAGACAGAAACGUCUCUUUAUAAAGAAUUUUUUCUUAACCAUGAGGUACUCUGGUGAGAAAUGAAACCACUAAUGAUGCUCUUAGUUCAAUACUCUCCUCUGUCUCCCAUUUGCUUAUAUAAGUAUUUUCUGAUUAACUUUUUCAUGCUAUCUAAAAGUCUAUGGAUUUUAUAACUGUUUGUAAUCUUUUUUGUCACAAAUUGAUUCUUAUAUGACUUAGAUUUGUUUUUAAUUAAGAUUAAGAUUUUGUUUAUAAUUUUUUUAAUAAAUUAAAUAUAUUUUUAAGUUUGCCUUAGUCAUAUAUAUAAGAAAUCAAUUUGUGCCGUAAAGUUCUCACACGGCACUGAUCUACUUAUUAAUAAACAAAUUUCAGUAUCUUCUAAAACCAACUAGAAUCACUGUAUACCAUCAAUGGACGUUGAACGUUUGGUCAUGUUCCUUUACGGAUCCCAAAAUAGAGGAUUUUUUUCUAAAAAUAUCGAAUACACUUGAAAGAAGACCUAUCAGUUUUAGUAUAUAUAUAGUAAAAAUAUAUUUACAUCUAUUGCAUAUCUGCAUAACUGUUAUCUUUUAUGUAUCCUUUUCUGACAUAAAAUUAUAUUUAUAUGCAUGCCGAAAUGAAAAAUGAAACAUACAUAAUCGUAAAUGAUUAGCGAUACAUACUUCAAACCUCAAAUUUUUGUUCUUUUUCUGUUUGCUAACCAGUUGUUAUGGGCGCAAACUCAAACUAAUGGUCUACCUGUGGAAACAAUCUUUACAUUUCCUGGUCCUUUGCCUAAUACGCUUCCCGAUGAGGGAGAUUUUGGUAAAGGUAUCAUAGACUUGGGAGGUCUAGAGGUUGCUCAAGUCUCCAUCUCCAACUCAACAGCGCAAAGAGUAUGGAGUACAUAUGAAGGAGGAGGAGACAACAUGGGAUUCAGCAUCUUUGAACCUAUAAAUCUCCCUCCUAACUUCUUCAAACUCGGCUUCUAUGCACAACCAAACAACCAGAAGCUUUUUGGUUCGAUUCUUGUUGCAAGAAGCGUAAAUUUAUCUAAUUUACUACCACCAGAAGACUACCUUGAAGUCGGUAACACUGCAUCGCUAAAUAUCAAACAAGACGGGCCUGCUUAUGUUUGGCAGCCGGUAUGUCACAAUGGAUAUCAAGCGGUUGGUAUGUUUGUCACUACUUCUCCUGAAAAGCCACUUCCGUUAACCCAACAAUACACAAGUUGUGUUCGAUCCGAGUUUACGGAAGCGAGUGAAGCUGAUGGAUUGUUAUGGGGGAUAAACGGAGUAAGCGUUUUUAAAUUGAGACCGGUCAUCAGAGGAACACAAGCAACAGGUGUGUACACAGGAACAUUCAGUUUUCAAGGACUAAGUAGUUCUACUCCUCUUCCUCCUUUAUUCUCCUUAAGAAAUACAAAACUUGACAUGUACUCUUGCAUGCCAAGCGAAGCUCAAACUAGGGUUUUGUUUCAAACCUAUUCUCCUUUGAUAUAUUUCCAUCCAGACGAAGAUUUUCUUCCUUCCGCCGUGGAUUGGUUCUUCACCAAUGGUGCAUUGUUGUACCAGAAAGGAAACGAAUCAAACCCUGUCCCAAUACAACCAAACGGUACAAAUCUUCCACAAGGCGGUUCUGAUGAUGACUUGUUCUGGUUAGACUACCCGGUCGAUAAAACCCAAAAAGAAAUGGUUAAAAGAGGAGACUUGAGUAGCACGAAAGUGUAUCUACACAUCAAACCAAUGUUUGGUGGGACUUUCACCGACAUUGUCGUAUGGGUAUUCUGUCCUUUCAACGGUAACGCCAACCUCAAGUUUCUAUUCAUCAAGAGACUCUCUUUAGGGGAUAUAGGCGAACAUAUUGGAGACUGGGAGCACGUUACUUUACGUAUCAGUAACUUCAACGGCAUGUUAUGGCGCGUUUACUUCUCUCAGCAUAGUGGAGGAGCGUUGAUGGAGGCGUGUGAUCUUGAGUACGUUGAUGGUGGAAACAAACCAGUGAUAUACUCGUCGCUUCACGGUCACGCAAUGUAUUCAAAACCUGGACUUGUGUUGCUAGGCAAUGAUGGCAAUAACGGAAUAAGAAACGACAUGGAUAGAAGUGACAAGGUGUUGGACUGUGGUUCGGGGUAUGAAGUGAUUUCAGGACUUUCAGGCGUGGUUGAGCCACCGUGGAUUAACUAUCUUAGGAAAUGGGGACCUCAAGUACAGUAUAACAUUGACAAGUCUCUUGAAGGCUUCGCUAAGAUUUUGCCGUGGUUUAUACGGAAGAGUUUCUAUAAACUUAUUAGCAAGAUUCCUGUUGAGAUACUUGGGGAAGAAGGUCCAACGGGUCCUAAAGAAAAGUUGAGUUGGACCGGUGAUGAAAAAUAUUAAUAGGCGGUGUUAUUCAAUUAUCUAUUUUAAUAGAGUUUAAAUCUGAUAUUCGAAUGAUGAUUAUAAAUUCUAUUUUAAAAUCAAGUGUAUUUCAAUGAAUGAUUUAAAUCUAGUUUUUAAAAUAUAAUGUUAUUCAAAUUGUAAGGAUUUAACUCCUUUUUUUUGUAUUUUGGAUUCAUUACAAAUAAUUUUAUAUAGAAUCUCAUGAAUACAUGAUUGAACUCAAAAUCCUAUGCAUACUAAAGAAAUUUUAGAAUUUAUCAACUUAAACUAUUUUAAAAUUUAAUAGGUAAAAAAAUAUUAAUAACUUAUUUUAAUUAAUCACUAAUUGAAAAAUACCCUAACUUAUUUAGUUUAGAUUGUUGCAUUAAUCUAUAUACAGUAUAGUUAUAUGCAUUUUUCACAACCAAAAGAAAUCUAUCCAGCAGUAAUGUUUAAAAAAAAAAUUAAAUAGCUAAACAAUAAUUUUAAUAAGAAAAACAUAAAGACAAAGUACAAUAUAAAUGUAUUAUGCAACUCAUUUGUUUUUUUUUUUUGACGUCGAACGGCCAUUCUAUUACUCAAGCUUGAGGUGGUCUGGGUAACCAGACCGGAAUAUAACAACCAAUAAAAAGUAACUCUCUCCGAAAUGUUCUAGCAGUCUUAGCUAAAAAGUCCGAAAACUGAUUGCGCACUCGUGGAACAUGUAUGAUUUUGAAGUCCGGAAAGCAAAUCUGCAGCGUCUCUAUCUUCUCCAAUUCUGUCGCAAAUCUUGGCCAUUUUUGGGGUUCAUUUAUCAUAGCAAUCAGCUCCUUGCAAUCUGUUCCAAAGCUCUGACAUGGUGAGUGUUGAAGCAUGUUCUCCAUCGCCCAGCGCAGUGCUUCUAUCUCAGAAUGCAAUGCUGAUUCACAUCGACUGAAGUUUCGUGUACCCAAAAGUUGUAUGUUCUCCCCGCUAUCCAUCCAAGCUCAUCCGCAUCCACUGAAUCUAUCGGAAGCUGUCCAUGAUCCAUCCAGGAGGCAAAUAUUACUCAAGCUUAAGACUUGGUUUUCCUCAUUGUUGUUGUCUUGCACUACCGGUGGUAUCAACUCAUUUGCACUAAACCAGGCUUGGCAUUCGCUUUCUGCAUAUCGGACUAGCUCCAAAGGAUCUCUGUCUAUUCCCCUGAAGAGCUUAUCAUUACGAGCCUUCCAUAUAUACCAUAUUAUCCAGGGAUAAGGAUCUAUGUCUUGGUCUAAAGCUAUGAUAUUCUUUUUCCUCCAGAAUAGAUAGUCCAUGUUUGUGUAGACACUUGACGCUGGAAAUAUGCAUGGGCUUGUAAGAGUUGUCGAUAAGGACCAUGCUUGCAGAGCAGGAGGGCAUUCAAAUAUGGCAUGAGUUACAGAUUCCUCUGCCUCCCCACACCUCGGACAGUAAUCAUCACAGCGCAUAUUUCUUCUCACUAGAUUUCUCGUUACUGCCAUCUGACCCGUUAUCACCUGCCAUAUUAAAUGACAUAUCUUCCUAGGCGCUUUCAACUUCCAAGCAAAGGCUUGAAGUUUAGUUAUACUUGGUUCCAGUAUCAGCUUUUCCUCAUCUAACUUCAGCAGAUUUUGAGCAACCCAAUAUCCAGACUUAACUGUGUAUUGUCCAUUCCUCGUGUAUUUCCAGCAACUCAUUUGUUAUGAAAAGUAAUUACUAUGACUUACAUUUUUUUGGGUGUAGUAAAACUAUGACUUACAUUGGUGACUGUAUUUUAGAAAAGGAUUUUUAAAGUUAAAAUAUCUUAACUAAGUUUGUUUUGGGUAAAAACCCUCAAACUAAGUAUUUAACGAAAAAACCCUCAAACUAACUAUAUUUAAUGAAUUAAACUCUAGCAUAUCAUAAUUACCAUUACUACUGGUAAAUCUUUAAAUUAUGGGUUUCUAUAUUAAUUCAUUACAUAAAUUAGUUUGGGGGUUUUUCAUUAAAUACUGAAUUUGAGGGUUUUUCUCUAAAACUAAUUUAGUUAAGGGGUUUUAAUGUUAAAUUCCUUUAGAAAACAGUAUCCUACUCUAUUCUUCUUACUUCUCAAUGUUUGAGAAGGAGUGUUUCUUAUUCCAAGCCCAAGCAAAUUAAUCUUAUUAGCUUAAUGCCUUUUGGCUAUAGGACAUUAGACUUCUACCGGCUACCGGGAAAAAGAUUAGACUAGAUCAAAGGACAAUAGGUCAGAAAUGACCAAAUCCAUCUUGAAAAUGAAGAUGGACAAAGUUGUUCAAUGAUUAACCGGUAUUUCGAUGUUAAGUAAAAGAUCAAGGGUCAAAUCAGAUAGGUAGUGUCUGUCGCAUGCUCUGCACCAGUUCUGUUAUAACUCGGUCUGUAAGCUUUCCUUGUCCAUAAUGAUGCAACUAAGCUUAGCUAUUUCAGUUUAAAUCCUAACAACAUUAAUUCUAUUUUUUUAAAAAAAUCUUGCAUCAAAUCAUCAUUCUUCGUGUCUAAAUAACAUAAAUUCUUCAUGCUUACUUGUUGCUGAGAAAUAUUCGUAUGGAAACAAUUGAGUAAGAUGUAAGCCAACCAUGAGCCCAUGUAGGGAAUCACCGAAAAGAUUCCUAAGACAAGUUUAAUGGGUGGAUACACAAUUUAGCAAACGAAGAAAUUGCACCAAAACAUUAAUGGUCUCGGGACAGAGUGCGUUUGCAGAAAAACAUAUGAACCAAACUCAAUAAGAGAGAAUAAAUUUGCCAGUAGAUUAAGGGCCUGGAUAAUCAUGAAAUAUCAUCAGAUCCAGGCGAGUGAUACUGCCGAGUUCUAUUUUGCAAGGUUAUAUUUUUUUAUAAAUUGACUGGAUCAUGACAGUCUUUGAUCCAACCAAAGAAGCUGAACUUGCUUGUAAUAACACAAGAUAGAAAACUUUGUAAAAUAAAACAACAAAAAUUUAAAGGAUUUAUUAGAGAGAGAUGACAGGCGUUGUUAGAGAAGA